AUAACUUUAUUAUUUCAUUUGCAUCGUAAAACGCGGAGGGAAUUUUAAUUUAUUGAUCUCUACAGCAUGUUUUAAUUAAGCGAAUUAUUCCAGUGUCUGGAGAUAAUUGCUUUAUCACGAUUCGAUUACAACUGAAGAGAUCAAAUUUUAAAAAUUUAUUUUACGUGUUGCGCGAAAUUGAUCUUCACAGAAAACUGGGAAAAUUGAAACGUGAAUUUGUUGAAAUAUAAAUAAUUCUUAUCGAAGGAUUUUGAUCAAGAAUCUUGAUCUUUUGCAAGACGUAAUUACGUGUACGUUUAUAUAUAUAUGCAAGCAAAGAAAAAGCAAAGGGUUAGAGAGAGGAGAAAUAGACAACCCACCCUUUUUGGGCACGGCCCUGGGAGAGUAUUGUCCCCUCUACCUACAAUAACACGAACUAAAUGUUCGCCAUAUCGUUGGUAGUGUUGACUGAUGAAUACGGCACGAUUUAUCGUGUCGAACGUCAAGAACGGUUUGUGGAAGUGUUGUCUUGUCGACGUGACACCGGCUAAAUCACGCGACAGUACGUCCGGAACGCGGAAUUUGCGAUACUCAAUCACACAACAGAUAGUACAAACGCUUUAGAUGAAUUGGAGAUCAAUAUGGAGCCAAUAUCAGAAGAUAUUAUUAAGGGAGAAAUAGAUAAAAUAGAUAUAACACUUGAGUCUGACACACAAGAUAUUGCUGAUAAAAGUAAAACAAAACCGUUGGAAAUAAAUGAAGUGAAGGAGAAGAAACUAGGAAAAUCUCUAUGUUCAACCGGUAAACCAAAGAAAUCUAUUGUCAAAGAUAAAGGAAAAAAGACAGAAAAUGAUCAAUCCAGUCCAGCUGGUCGAUCCAGUUACGAUUCCACACAAUUGGAGGACAGUCCAGCGCAGGUGUUAGAACGUUUCAAGAGAGGGUGCGAGUGCGCUGACGAUCAAUGUUUCAAGAAUCUGAAUCCGGAGAUCGUAUAUCGGCACAGAUUGAAUAUUGCAGAACUGACUAAAGCCGAGCACGACAUGUAUUUAAUGGGUGUAACAAUGGCCUGUUUGACGGAUCCCUAUCAAACGGCCCGACAUACGGAACGGCGCAGAUUACGCGCUCAAUAUGUUUAUCAGGGCCGAAGAGUGUGCCUGGAGGCGUUUUUGUAUCUCGAGAAUUGCACGCACUAUCAAAUCAAACGGAUCCGAAAGCACUUAAUGACACACGGUGUGACGCCGCGCGUACACGGCAAUCAAGGCAAAAUCCCGCACAACACGUUCUCUCUGGACAUAUACAAGAUCGCCAUACAGUUUUUGAAAAACUUCGUCGACCAGCAGGAGGUCAGGCAGAAAACUAAACUUGUCAAGAAUGCGCCACUUCAUUUGUCACCGGAUAUAACGCGGAAAACCGUGCACGAACUGUACGUUCAGUAUUGCAAAGAAGUCUCGCCCAAUGUCAAGAGCAUGGGUUACUCGACGUUUCGACGAUUCAUGAAGGUGCAGUUUCCCCAAGUAAAGUUCGCCAAGCUAGAAUUUGUGGUAAGAAAUCAGACCGCGCAGAGUCACUGUCAGACAGAUUCUGCCGACUCAAGAGACGACACGGGUCAACAGAAAUCAUCUCAGGUAGAAGGCACGAUAUUGCCGUUGGUGAUAACUAACAAUUUAAGACAGAACGAGACCUACGUAUUAACACCUAUCAGUAAAUUACAGGAUGGCGUGAGUUAUCACGUCACUACUUGCGGAUUGGUAGUCAACAAUCCUAGUGUUACGAAAACAAACGCGAUAUAAACCAGAAGAUUGCAUGUGCAAACAUGAAUUUAUAUAUGAAUGUGAUAUCUAUACUAAGGUUCUAAUUUCGAGCCUAAACUGAAGAUGUUUUAACCAUCACGCAAUAUAUAGAUAUUUGACGGAACAAAAACUACUUCAUAACUAUAUAUGCUCAUAAGAAAAGCAUAGAAUCUUUUAAAACAAAAGAAAAAAAUUUAUAAAAUUUAUUAGAUUGUAUGUAUUGAAUUAUUGUAUUACAGAUAAUUCUAUUGCGUUAUUUCUAUCUUUUUUCUGUUUCACUCAGAACUGAUAAUAGAAUUUUGUUGUAUUAAAAGUCACAGUAUUUCUGUAUUAAUAAACAACAAUUUAAUUAUUUAGGCAAAUAAUUUUUAAAUUUUACUUUAUGUAAAGAGAUGAAAAAUGUACAAUGUUAUAUACAAGUCUUUUAUACACAUUCUUUACAGGACACCCUAUGUCCGUAUAUACAUAUGUAUAUAUAUAACAUUGUAUAUAUAACAGUAUAUAAAGAAAAUAACUUAUAUAAAGUACAAAUAAAAAUAUGAUAUAUUAUUACUGUCAUUUUGUUUGUUAAAAGAUACCAAAAUGCUUGUUACCUGAAAAUCACAUCUUAAUAAUAAUGACAAAACGUAUUAAAACGUAUUUUGAAAGUCUGCAUUUGUGCAUGAAAGUAGAGAACAUUGAAAAGAUUUUU